AUGCGACGACGACAUUCGGAUGUCGUCAUUUGUCUUUUUCUAUCGUUUCUUCUCUAUUCAAAUGUAGAAUCAGCUGGAUCAUCGCCAAUUCCGAAUUGCCCCGAUUUGGAUGUUCUCGAAAAUCAGUCAGACCUCUCGCAGGACGAUCUCAACAACUUGAUUCUGUGCUUUUGUAAACCAGAACCCAAUGACGAUGAAAAAGUGGCAAUUUCGUGUCUCUACGGAUCCAACUUGGACCAUCUUAUGAAAGCAACAGAAGCAGUGAAGAAUGCAAGUCUAGUAACGUCAUCGAUCAGCAUUCAACACAUGGAGUUUCCAGAUGGUGGACUUCCAGAAUUCUCAAAAAUCGCUCCACAACUCCAAAGUUUGGAUAUUCGAGAAUGUUCGGGACAGGACGAGUUGCAAAUCGGGGAUGACAGUUUUAAGGGGCUAGAGCAGACGCUGAGGAAUCUCACCAUUCAUGCAUGUAAUCUUAUGACAAUUCCAAAAUCCGUCGACUCAUUGGAAAAUCUAGAGACAAUGGCUUUCUCAAGCAACAAGUUGGAUACCCUUGAUGUUGACCAGUUUAAGAAUAAGAAGCAGCUCUCCUAUCUCGACGUCUCUGGAAACUUUAUCACUUCGAUUGAGGAGAAGGCCUUCGAACCGCUAACUUCUUUGGAGACACUUGUGAUUGGAGAACAUAAUUUCGUCAAUGAUACGGUAGUUGCAGAAAUUGGAAGGCUCAAAGCGUUGAAGACCCUCGACCUCUCCCGCGCCGAUGGAAUCUUCUCUCCACCAGAAGACCUUUUCAAAGAAAUCCCCCAAAUCGAGACUUUGAAACUUUCCGGAUGCUCAAUUCCAACCCUCGAACCCGGACAAUUCGCCACAUUGAAAAAGUUGAAGGAGCUGGAUUUAAGAGUGAACCUUAUUGAAAAUAUCACUGCCUAUGCGUUUGAUGGAUUAGAGAGUCUUCAGAGACUUUCGAUUGCAGGAAAUUUUAUUUCAAACCUCGAGCCUGACGUCUUCUUCGGCCUUUCCUCGCUAGAAGACCUCGAUUUGGGAUGGAACGAGAUAAAAACGAUUCCAUCGGAAGUUUUCAAGCCUCUAGCGGAGAAACUGAAGAUUCUGAGUCUUCGAAACAAUCCAAUCUCGAAACUUCCAUCCACUGGCCUUGGAAACUUAGAGAAGUUGGGCUUAGCAGAGUGUGGAUUCACAAACAUCACUGCUGAUCAGUUGAAAGACUAUCCGAAACUGAUGGAUUUGGAUUUAUCGAAAUGCAAUAUUUCCAGUUUGGAUGCGAACACUUUUGACAAUCAAAAGGACGUUUUGAAGAAGUUAAACUUGCAGAAAAACAAAUUGAAGUCGUUGCCAAAUCUCGUCAAAAAUCUGCCAGCUGUGGAAACCUUGGAUGUGUCUUCCAAUCCGUUUAUUUGCGAUGGAGAGCUGGCACAUUUUGUAUUCGGAGUCGAGGAUCGUGUAAAGCAAUCUGAGCAAUCUGGUUCCACAUUUUUCAUUUCCAACGCCAAUGAGACACUUUGCGAUCGUCCGUAUACACUAAGAGGAGAGGCUAUUCUACAAGUGGAACCAGAGAAAUUCCAACCUUAUGAUGAGCAAUCAGACACCACAACUGCUCCAACAACAACGACAACAGCGGUUGUGGAGGAGACAACUACGGAAUUGAAGAUUCCAGACAUCUUGGUUGGCUCCAAAACCAACGACACCUUGUUCAAGGAGGAGCCACGUCGGGAGGUCUAUGACAUCUCAAAGACAGAUGAUGCCAAGGGAGUGUAUAAUCAGAAAGGUUCCUACGCAGUUUUUAUCACAGUCGGAGCCAUCGGUUUGGUCUCAAUUAUCAUCAUAGUGGCAAUUGUUCUUUUUAUCAAGAAAAACAAAGCAGUGGGACCCGAAAAAUCAUUGAGUCCUAAAAAGGGUGGAAAAUCGGAUAAAGUGGUGAAAAUGGAGGAUGGAAUGGUGGAAAUCGAGCUGGAUUCGCAGCCAGGAACCCAGCACGCCACGCCUUCUAGACGAUAG